CCAACUUUUAUAACUUGUGGAGUUAUGUGCAUACAAAUCAAAACCAGAAGGCGGUAGAUGCAAAUUUGGUCAGAGUUGUUGCUUCUUCAGUUGUCGAACUGCUGCUCCUCCUCCGAUCUCUUCGAAUCUCAACUUGCAUUGCUCUUCGCUUUAGAUCUGCGUUACCCCGCGGGUAAUGUGGUGAGGUGAGCGUCUUCCGGAGACAAUGGA